AUGUCUGGUCCCUCAGUUACUUUGCCUGUUGGCGUGGACGUAGCCGCUUUUGACACUGCCUCCAAGAUUCUUCAAGUCAUAAACAGGUACAGCCUUAAACGAUCAAGUGACACGACAGCCAAGGCAGACGAGGGCGCUUUAAAAUAUCUUGCUGUCAUUUACUCUUAUGUCAAGGCAAAUGCUACAAUUCCCAUGGCCCUCCCCGGCUUCCCAUUCAAGUCUCCAAAUUCACAACCAGGGUCGGGCAAGGUAUUGGGCAAGCUGCCUGACAAGGCUGAAGAGCUGUCGCUGGCACACCUCAAUGGGUUAUGCCUUUCCAUUAAAGAGGUUUACCCUCCAGGUGCACAGCUCACAAUCAUUUCGGAUGGCCUCACAUACAAUGAUCUACUUGGAGUGUCAGACUUGGACGUGUGGAACUAUGGGGAAACUCUAAGAGCCAUUGCUACAGCCAAGGGACACACGCAUAUAACCUUUGCGCGACUCCAAGACCUCGUAGCAAUCACUUUGCCAGACCAACUCGAAGAAAUGAUUUACGUGGCAAACGCGUCAAACUUCCGACGAGCACUACUCAACGGCUUUAGUAGCCCUGACUGGAGCUGGGAGACAGCCAGCCAGAGAGAAGACGUCCAGUUGACAUACAAGGGGUAUAUCAAGGCCGUGGGGAUAGAUCUCCAGCACAUGUACGACAUUACAGACGACGCCAGCAGGGCCAAGUUUCAGCAGGGAUUGGAGUACAUAGCUCAGCAAAUGCUGGCUCGCGGAGAUGCGUUUGCUAAUGCUAUCGGACAAAAAUACAAAGACUAUGUCCGCCUGUCUAUACACGCGUCAACUGGAGCAGCGAAGUUAAGUAUCAACCUGUUGCCUACGGACUCCAGCUACACAACUCCUUGGCAUUGUGCUGUGGCGUAUAAGUUGGAUGGCACAAUCACUACCAGUAAAAGAUCUGAUUUCGAUAACGACAGUUCAUACGAACUUGUCUACGAAAGAGACAGACCCAGCCAUUACCGCGAAAAAUCAGCCUCCAGCUGA